UGAAUUCAGGACCUCUGAAAGAGCAGCCAGCGUUCUUAACCGCUGAGCCAAUUCUUCAGCCCUGGCCUAGGUAUAAUCUGACAUAAUUUUUCCCCAAAUAGUGUGGGGAUGGUGAUUGCAUCUUCCAUUCUCGUCAGCAUCUUUCUAGUUCCGUCUCUGGCCCUGAUGAACGCCAGUGACAGUCAUCUUCUGGAUGGCUCUGUGGGGACCCAGACCAUCCAUGUUGAUCCCCUCCGAGGUGUGGUCAGCAUCCAAGACAACAAUGCUUUGAGUGAAUGGAAUGGAAUCCUGGACUACAAGAAUGCCCUCCUGGCAGCUAAACUGUUUAGUAAGAUGGCCUGUGUCCUGGCCAAGAUGGACCUAACAGUCUUCCCAAGUUUGGAUGAUAUUAGCCAGGCCCUGGGCAAACAGGCUUCCGGUCAUUAUCCACCCACCCGCGGACUGACCUACACGGUUUUACCCAGUCGAGUCAAAAACUUGGCCCAAUACGGAGUGCCUGUCAAGGACCUGUGCAGAGCAGUCCCCGCCUACUUUGCCCAGCAGCAAAAAGAAGGUACCGCCCUGGCGAGGGACCCAGACUCCUGUUCUGAGCUCCAGCUUCUCUCCUUCAUGGGACUGUCCAUCUGUGGUGAGAUUCCUGGGCUCUGAGCCUCCAUGUCAGCCAUGUGAAGACUGCACAUGCCUGCUCAGUCUCCACCUAUGGGAAGCAGCUCUUUCCAGGCCUGGCUUUCCACACAGCAGUAGCCCUGUAAUCGGGAGGGGGGGGGUGCAUUUUCUACCUUCUAGGAAGACAUAAUAAAAUUCCACGUCACUGGUC